AUGGUCUUCGUAUCACCAGCCUGGGCGCGAGCGCUCCCUCCAGUGCCUCUCCCAGACAGCAUCACAGUCGAAGAAUUCAUGUAUUCAGAGAAACAUGGCCGCAAACCAAUGACACAUUCCCGUAAUCCAUACACCUGUGGUUUGACGGGCCAUACGUAUACCGUUGCUGAGGUCCGGGAAAGGGUCGACUCUAUGGCCAAGGUGAUAGCAAAACGACUCGAUUGGAGUGUCGCCAACGGCACGGAAUGGGACAAGGUGGCUUGUGUCUUUUCUUGGAAUACGAUUGAUUACGUUCCAUUGACUCACGCCUUGCAUCGCCUCAACGCGAUUGUCAGUCUGGCCAACGCCGCUUACAGUGUGUCUGAACUCACGCAUCAACUUCGUUCGACAAGUGCAAAAGUCUUGUUCACCUGCAUCCCUCUCCUUCCCGUGGCUUUGGAGGCAGCAGCAGCGGCAAAUAUCUCUAAAGACCAUAUUUUCAUCCUCGAUAUGCCUGGUCAAACAAAUAACAGCAGGUUUGUCGCUCUAUCUACGCUGAUAGAUGAAGGAAGACACUUGCCUCCGCUCCCGCCGUUGCGAUGGGUCAAGGAGCAAGGAAAGCGACAGGUUGCUUACAUCUGCUUCUCUAGUGGAACCUCUGGCCUUCCGAAAGGUGUCAUGUUAUCGCACUACAACAUCAUCAGUAACGUUGCCUUGCAAGUCGAGUACGAGACCUAUGGGCGGAAAUUAGCUGGGGUUGAGACGCAGGUCGGACUGGGUCUACUGCCAUUCAGCCACAUCUACGGUCUGGUCAUUAUCUCUCACAUACUCCCUUGGCAGGGAGACGAGGUCGUGGUGCUCCCAAGAUACAAUCUAGGACACAUGCUCGCAGCCAUACAGAAGUACAAAGUCCGUCAUUUGCCGCUUGUCCCGCCUAUCGCCAUUCAGCUACUUCAGAACAAAAGCAAAUGCGAUUCAUACGACUUGAGUAGUAUAGAAUGGGUUACUUCCGGUGCUGCACCCCUCGGUGCCAAGACCAUCGAGAGUAUGCAGCAGACAUGGCCAAAAUGGAAAGUUGGGCAGGGCUAUGGCUUGACAGAGAGUAGUCCUUCUGUUUGCACCACAAGCGAGCAUGACAUUCUCCCCGGUACAUCGGGGUCCAUCGUUCUCGGGACUCGAUGCAAGGUUAUUGAUGAGGAUGGCAAAGAAGUAGCUGAGCUUGAGAAGCCAGGCGAACUCUAUGUCCAAUCUCCAAACAUCUGUCUCGGCUAUAUGAACAAUGCCAAAGCCACAGCAGAGACCUUUGUAUGGGAUGAGGACGGCAGAUGGCUUCGAACAGGUGAUGUUGUUGUCGUACGUCUGUCACCUCUUGGUACAGAGCACAUCGUCAUCGUCGACCGAAUCAAAGAGCUCAUUAAAGUAAAGGGAAACCAAGUGGCUCCCGCGGAGCUCGAGGCGCAUAUCCUUUCUCAUCCAUUCGUUGCAGAUUGCGCAGUCAUCUCUGUUCCAGACGAUUUCGCUGGGGAAGUGCCCAAAGCCUUUGUGGUGAAAGAUGUUAGUACGAAUAAUAAGUCUGACGAAGAGGUAGUGACUGCGAUUUGCAAAUAUGUUGAAAGCCACAAAGCAAAGUACAAGUGGCUUCAGGGUGGUGUGGAGUUUAUUGAGGCCAUUCCCAAGAGCCCUAGCGGUAAGAUCCUGAGACGGGUCUUGCAAACGAGGAAGAAGGGAAAGUCAGUGGAGGUUACAUCCAAACUCUAG